AGACAGAGAAAGAGAGAGAGAGAGAGAGAGAGAGCUCUGGGUUGUGAGUGUCUUGCAUGAAUCUCAAUUAAAUUCCCUUUGUUUGCUCGUUUUCAGUGCUUUUUCUUCGUUUGAAGCUCGCCAAUGGUGAUGUUUCUCUGUGGAAAUCCAGAAAAGGCGUGAUAGACGAGGUGGUGAGGCGUUAUGUUCUGUUUGGUGAAGUUUUUGAAGAUGGAGAUGCAGCGGUGUAUGAACUCGGUUUGUGGGGUGGCGGAGCCCGGUGGAGGGGAGUGGAGGAAAGGAUGGGAUUUGCGAUCGGGGAAGUUUGCCCAACUUUGUGAGAAGUGCGGGAUGGCAUAUGAACAGUUAAUUUUCUGCGACCUGUUUCACAGCAAAGAAUCUGGCUGGCGUCAAUGCAUUUCCUGUGGGAAGGGUCUCCAUUGUGGGUGUAUUGCAUCCAAAUCGUCAGUCUGCCUUCUCGAUCAUGGAGGAGUCCAAUGUGUCAGCUGCAUGAAGAAUGCAGGACUCUCUUCUACUCCAAGUGAAGUGAUUCACGACGUCGCACCUGAUGCUGCUCCUGGAGUUCUUGCUCUCCCUGCCGGGAACAUAAAAGAUGAGAACUCGAAUGACUUGGGUACAAAACUAGCUGGUAGUGCUGGUGACGUACAGUCUUCAUCUGCAGAAAAAACUGAUGAUGAUGCUCGUAAUAAAGGUGAGAUAAUUCGCUCAGGAAAACAGAUAGAGGUUAAUGGACAGAACAGUUUGUUUCCAGCACAGAGAGACAGUAUCAGUGAAUCUUUUGGAACAAACACAAAAGAGCAAGCUGCACUUCAAAUGAGAGAGGUGGGAAUGACUACUUUCUCAAAUGGAAAUCAAGGACGAACUAGUCAUUCUCAUAAAUCUCAACAAAAUGACCGCAGAGAUGCAGCUACUGAGAAUGUUAUUUCUAAUCCUCAUGAGACACGUCUCAGUAUUAGCUUGGGAACCUCAAACCCCAGCAACACCAUUGAAGCUGGUCUGAGUGUAGGUCUGUCCAGUAUGUCCUUGCCUCCAGCCUGUGUGGUUUUAGAAGCAAGAGAGGAAAACAAAGGGUUACCGAGCUUUCAGCAUGUUCAAAGGGCCCACCAUCUGCUUCCUGUUCCUCCAAAGAUGGACAAUGCUGUUGCUUUGGAAGCAUCCAAAAAUAUGCUUUCACACAUUCGUGUUGCACGGCCACCUGGUGAAGGGAGGGGCAAAAAUCAGUUACUUCCGCGCUAUUGGCCAAGGAUUACAGACCAAGAGUUGCGACAAAUUUCUGGAGAUUCAAACUCUACUAUCGUGCCUCUCUUUGAGAAGGUUUUAAGUGCAAGUGAUGCAGGUCGGAUUGGCCGUCUGGUUCUUCCAAAAGCAUGUGCUGAGGCAUAUUUUCCUCCAAUUUCUCAGCCUGAAGGUCUUCCUUUAAAGAUUCAGGAUGUAAAUGGCAAAGAGUGGCAUUUCCAGUUCAGAUUCUGGCCUAACAAUAACAGUAGAAUGUAUGUAUUGGAGGGUGUUACUCCAUGCAUCCAGUCCCUGCAAUUGCAAGCUGGUGAUACAGUGACAUUUAGCCGGAUGGAUCCUGAAGGUAAACUUAUUAUGGGAUUCCGAAAGGCGGCUAACUCUUUGCAGUCACAACAUAUGAAACAGGAUACUCAAGCAUCAGUCACUGCUAAUACUGGCCUUGCAAGUGAUAUUUUCUUCUCUAGUCUGAAUGGGAACCUUCCGAUAAUAAGUGGAUACUCUGGGCUUCGUCAGUCCAUGAAAGGACCUGAGGAUCUGAACAUGAGCUCUUUAUCUGGGUAUAUGAAUUCAGCUGAUUUCGAUAUUUGGCACAAGACUGACAAGCAUGGUGCUGGGAUGAAUGAGGGGUUCACCUUGCAGCAGCCUUCACUACUUCCGGAUAAGAAGAGAAGCCGUACUAUUGGUACCAAGAGCAAGAGGCUACAUAUGGACAAUGACGAGGCUCUGGAUCUCAAAAUUAACUGGGAAGAAGCACAGGACUUAUUGCUUCCUAAUCCGAAUGCCAAACCCACCAUUGUCAUAAUUGACAAUACAGAAUUCGAAGAAUAUGAUGAGCCUCCAAUCUUCGGUAAGAGAACUAUAUUCACUGCUGGAAUGACUGGGGUUCAGGAUCAAUGGAUUCAGUGUGAUGAGUGUCUUAAAUGGCGUCGUAUACCUGUGCAUGUUCUUCCUCCUUCAAAGUGGACUUGUGCUGAUAAUUCAUGGGAUCGGAAAAGGUCUUUGUGCUCUGUGCCGGAUGAGUUGAGUGUAAAAGACAUGCAAAACCUUCUUCAGGAGAAUGCAGAAUUGAAAAGGCGAAAGGUUGCAAUUAAUGUGAAACCAAAUACACCAGAGCCUGAAUCUGCAGGUCUUGACGCCUUGGCCACCGCUGCAGUCAUUGGUGAAACAGUGACUCAUCCAGCACCCUCUGUUGCAACGACAACCAGGCAUCCUCGCCAUCGGCCGGGCUGCUCAUGCAUUGUGUGCAUCCAACCUCCAAGCGGUAAAGGCCCGAAGCAUGACCCUUCAUGCAUGUGCAACGUGUGUGUGACUGUAAAGCGCCGAUUCAAGACACUCAUGAUGAGAAAGAAAAAGCGGCAAUCUGAGCUCGAGGAAGCCGAAGCACAAAAGAAGGUUGCAUGGACAAACAAGGAAGAAACUGAAGGGAAUAACACAUUGCGCGCUGUUCAGCCUAUAGAACCUCCCCAAUGGGAGAAUUUUGGGCAGCUUGACUUGAACUCCCAUCCGGGGCGCAGCGAAGACCGUGUUAGUAUGAUGACUCUUCUCCAAGUAGCAAACCGGCCGCUCGAGACUUACUUAAAGCAAAACGGGCUUACGAGUUUGGCAUCCGACCAACAGGCAAGUUCAAGCUCGUUUACAGUGGCACAAGACGCGGCAGAGAGUGAAGGAAGACCGCCCGAUGAGAGCUAUAUGGUACCGAUUGCCAGGGAGAGGGAGAGUGGUGCUGUUGAGGAAGGGUACUGCAGGGUGAAUGAGGUUAACAAUGAUGGUGCUGCUGCUUGAAGGUUUGAAAUUUGUCUAAUUUUGAUAAGAAAUGGAGGGGUGUUGUAAAAGUGGUUUUAGGUGUUCAGUUCAGUUAAAAGUUUAUUACAUUUAAGUAAACUUUUUACUAUUGUUUGUUGUUGUAAUUUUUCUUUCGAAAGUAUAGAUCUGCCACCAUUGGACUUUGGUGAGUAGUGUUUUAUA